CAACGUGCUUAAACGAAACUGAAUGUGGAAACUCUCGAACAAUUUGUUUGUCCGUUUUAAGCAUCCGCUUUUAAAACGUGCAACUUUACAGAUAUGGCGGCUGCCAGCAAUCUGUUGUCAGAGGAGAGGUUCCUGUGUUCUAUCUGUCUGGAUGUGUUUACUGAGCCAGUCUCAACGCCGUGUGGACACAACUUUUGCCGUGCAUGUAUCCACAAGUACUGGGACAACAGUGACACUCACCUGUGUCCAUUGUGCAAAAGGACAUUUUCCACAAGACCUAAACUCCAAGUCAACACUAUGGUGUCGGAGUUAGCAGGUGAGUUUAAGAAGUUAGUUCAAGUCAAAGCCUCAUCUCCAGACCCACAACUUGCAGUAGACGUUCUUUGUGAUAUCUGCUCUGAGAUAAAGGAGAAGGCAGUGAAAUCUUGCCUGAUGUGCCUUACUUCUUUCUGUGAAAGGCACCUUGAGCCACAUCAGAGAGUUGCUGGUCUCAAGAGCCACACAUUGUUAGACCCAUUGAGGAAUCUUGAUGAUAAGAUGUGCAAGACACACAACAAGAUAACAGAACUGUACUGUAGGGAUGACCAGACCUGUAUUUGUGUCUUGUGUCUCAGAACCGAUCACAAGAGUCACUAUGUUGUCCCACUCGAGGAAGAAUAUGAAAUGGUGAUGACAAAAAAAGAUGAGGCAAUGGCAAAUAUCCAAAAGCUGAUCCAAUCCCGGUCUGAGAGGAUAGCUGAGAUUGAAAACUCACUGAAUGCCUGCCAGAUAGAAACUGACAAGGAGAAAGAAGCCAGCAUGCAGGUGUUCACUGACUUGAUACGCUCCAUUCAAAGAAGCCAUGCCGAGCUUGAUGAGGUGAUUGAGGAGAGGCACAGAGAAACAAAGCAAAAAGCUGAAGCUUUUCUCAAAGAACUGAGGAUGGAAAUGACUGAACUCAAAAGCAGAAGUAGCCAGCUGGAGCUGCUGUCACAGUCUGAGGAUCACCAUCAUUUUCUCCAGAGUUUCCCAACCUUGACCUCACCUUUAAACAAGGACUGCACCAACAUUGGACUUCAGUAUGACCUGUCUUUUGAGGCAGUGAGAGGAGCUGUGGCUCUGCUGAAACAAAGAGUUGAUGAAAUCAUGGAAAAGCUUCCUGAGAUCAAAAUGAAAAGAAUGAGAGAACAUGCAGUGGACUUGACUCUUGACCCUGACACAGCACAUUGCUCACUUGUCAUGAGUCAAGAUGGAAAACAGGUCGCAGAUGAAGACACCAAACUGGAACUUCCCGACAAUCCAAAGAGAUUUAAAAAGUUUCCAGAGGUUUUGGCAAAGGAGGGAUUCACAACUGGGAAGUUUUACUUUGAGGUGCAGGUGAAAGGAAAGACUAAUUGGAUUGUUGGAGUGGUCAAGGAGUCUGUAGAUAGAACGGGAGACGCGAAGCUGUCAGUUAAAGAUGGUUUUUUGACCUUUAGGUUGAAUGAGGGCAAAUAUAGAGCAUCUCAAAACACUGCUACAAUCACACUGAAAGAAAAGCUUCAGAAGGUGGGCAUCUUUGUGGACUAUAAUGAGGGAGUGGUUUCUUUCUAUGAUGUAGAUUCUAAAUCACAUGUGUAUUCUUUCACUGGCUGCCAUUUCACAGAGAAACUUUAUCCAUACUUCUUCCCUGGGAAUAAUGACAGUGGAAGAAACUCUGCCCCUCUCAUUAUAACACCUGUACCUCAACCAUACUAGUUUUGUUCUUUUUGGUCCUCCUUUAGGGUUCACAGGGAAAUUAAAAUUGGUCUCCAUUACUACACUCAAAAUCUGUCCUUAAAGUAUUAACAGCAACCGCCAAACGUUACAUGACAUUGGCCUGUUUAAUAUGGAAAAAUAUUGUCUGAUAUAUGCAUGGAUAUUCAAAAGAAAUGAUAUUACAUCAUCAGUUCUGUUAUGUUAGAUGUGAAGUAAUGAUACUAGUGUUGUACAAUAGUAUUGUGUCAUCCUGUCAAAUUACAAUGGAUAACGUUAUCAAUGUCAUAAGAUAAUGUAGCUUUAAUUUGUCAAGGUAUUUUGUUGCUUGUGUGUUGUUGAAUUAUAUGCACAUUUUAAUUGUUGAAAUAUUUACUUGUAAUUCACAGUGGUGUGGAGUGAAGAGCAGUUGUGCAUUUGACAACUGGGGCUGAAUAAACUACAC